CCAGGAAAUUCGAGCUGAUGGAAACCCUGCGUUCCGAGCACCUACGCUUUCCGUUCACCAUGCACGAUAACAGGUACCAGCAUGAGACACUGGGAGAGAGCCUGCGCGGCACGCACCGCAAGGCGCGGCCUUGUUGCAUCCGCAGGGAACACUCGGAGAGUGAGCCGGACGCGUUCAUAGACACGGCGGGUCGGCCGACCAGCGAGCAGCGACUGCAGACCAUCGCCAGGGAGACGUUCCGGGUGCCGGUUGACGGGACGGCCGCGCGAGCACGCCGCUUUCCCCACGAGCAGCGGUGUCCGUUCACGGACGGGAGCUGCGAGCACCGGCCGGUGGCCCAGAGACGCUGUGAGCCGGCGAGCACCGGACCACCCGCCGCCGCCGAGGCCUGAGACGGGCCGGAGGAGCGGCAACAGAACGUUUUCAAAAGGCCAGGCGGAGACGAUUUAUUCCUCGGGACACGAUGGAGAGGAUUGGUGUCGGGAGAACGUGCAGCACGGCGUCAGUGAUAAUGUAGCGUGAUGACUGAUGAGUCAGCUCGCCCGGCCCAGGCUGAUAUUAUUAGACCGGCGUAAGUAGGGUGCAAAACAGUGAAACUGAAGAGAGCCGAACCCAGAA